ACAGAAUUCCCGAACAGGUGGCUUCCUCAUGUUAGGUUAGAUAUUGUAACUGAUUUUAACGUUCUUUUUUGAAAGUUGAAUAAAUUAAAUUUUAAAUUGAUUUUAAGUUAGAGUUUACUAGUUCUUUGUUUAUAUUAAAUAGAAGCAAUUAUUAAGGAUGUCAGCACAGGCUUUUCGCACCAGAGAAUCGUUAGGGAAAAAAGAACUCGAGGAUUUGUUGCUAUCGAGACUUUUGAACGCAGUCGAAAUAUUCAUGUCAGAGGAGGACAGAAUUCCAAAAGACGACGACAAUGACAACAACGAAGAAAAUGAAGAAGAUUUGAUGAACAGCAGCGCAAAAUUCAAGGACCUGAUUAGUUUCUUUUUGAACCUCAAAAAGGAUUUCGACAUUUUCAGUCCAAAUUACGCGACACUUCUUCAUUUUGUCGUGAAGCACGGCGAUAAUGAAAGUUUUGUGUCACUCUUGAAGGAGAAUUUAGACGUUAAUGCAUUCAAUUCGAAAGGAACGACUUUGAUGCACAUUGUUGCCAUGAACGGCACUUGUGAAAUGAUGCAAGCGCUUCUUGAUCGCGGUGCAAAUAUUAAUAUUCGCACUGUCUCUCUCGACGAUGAGAAGGAGGAGGAGGUGAAUGAUAAUAAUAAUAAUAAUAAUUUAGCGAAAAUCGAAGGCUAUACGCCAAUUCAUUGCGCGGCACUAGCAGGAAAUGUGAAAAUGUUGGAAAUGCUUUUGGAGCAGGGAGCCGAUAUAAAUGUAAUGUCUUAUUAUGGAACUCCCCUUCAUUUUGCUUGCGGUGAAAUAAAUGGCAAUAUGGAGAAUGAUUAUUUACUGAAAAAGAAAUUUUUCUCUUCAAAUGAGAAAAUUAUUUUGGGCGAUGAUCGCACGAAAACUGUCGAAUUUCUUCUCGCUCAUGGCGCCGAUAGCGAGUUGGUUGAUUCGAAUAAAAAAACAGCUUUACAAAGAGCUUGUUUUAAUGGGAAAUUUAAAAUUAUAAGCGUUCUUUUAAAUCACAUUGCACCGGUUUAAAAGAAAUUUCAUUCACCACAGCACCGAAAAAGUAUUCUCAUAAUUAUUUACAUAAAGUAAUUAAUAUAUUUUUUAGAUUUAUUCCUUCCAUAUUUUUUUAAAUAAAUAUUUAUUAAUUUACUAGGAAAUUGUUCACUUAUUUUCAUUUUUUAAAAGUUUCGUAUAUAUAUAUUUUGUAUAUAGUUUUAAAAGUUUUUCUAUUUUGUACAAUUUUCUAUUUCUUUAAUUUUAAAAUUAAUGCAAUAAUGUUAAAAUUUGUAAUUUGUAAAAUAUGUAUUUUAUCGUAAAUAAAUUAUAAUUAUU